CUUCCUCGUGAUUGAAGUAUCGCGAGCUUUGAGGGGGUUUAAUUAGGAAAUCUCGCGAGAAGGGCCUUUCUCUCUUUCCGUGGCCCGGCAAGAUGCCUUCUAGGCUGAGGAAAACCAGGAAACUGAGAGGCCAUGUGAGUCAUGGCCAUGGCCGUAUUGGCAAACACAGGAAACAUCCUGGAGGCCGAGGUAAUGCUGGGGGUAUGCACCACCACAGGAUUAAUUUUGACAAAUAUCAUCCUGGUUAUUUUGGAAAAGUUGGUAUGAGACAUUACCAUCUGAAAAAAAAUCAGCACUUCUGCCCUACAGUGAAUUUGGAUAAACUGUGGACGCUGGUUAGUGAGCAGACCAGGCUCAAUUAUGCCAAGAAUCCUGCAGGAUUAGCUCCAGUGAUUGAUGUUGUACGCGCAGGUUAUUACAAAGUCCUGGGCAAAGGGAAGCUGCCAAAACAGCCUGUAAUUGUGAAAGCAAAAUUUUUCAGCAGAAGAGCAGAAGAAAAAAUCAAAGGAGUUGGUGGAGCCUGCGUGUUAGUGGCAUAAAAGGUUUUUUUAUCUUGAAUAAACAGGCAUGAACAAACAA